CACGCUUGCCUAUCCUCAUCAUCACUAGUUGGGCCUAUCAACAGAAUUACCCACCUGAUUGCUGAUACUUUACGCCGUGAUUCGAUCGAUGCCACACUACGAAUCCCCGCUUUUUUCUUCAAAGAAAAAAGGAAAGGGGAAAAAGAAGAAAGCCAACAAAAAGAUUUCCAGAAUAUUUGGAUUAAUUAACUUAUGCUUGAAGCCCUCAUCAAUUUUAUCCGUGUCUGUUUAAAAUCAUCUUAUCUCACUCAUCUGGGCUGUUGUAUUUUUGGUUUGGAUCGAAUGAGAUAGAAUCAUAGAUCAAAAAAUUCAAUCUUGAAAAAAAUAAAAAAAUAAUAGUCGGGCUUGAAGGAAAAUGGCGAUGUGGGUUUUCGGGUACGGGUCUCUGAUAUGGAAAGCGGGUUUCCGGUACGAUGAGCGGGUCGUGGGUUUCAUCAAAGACUAUCGCCGUGUUUUCUACCAAGGAAGCACGGAUCAUAGAGGGACACCUGAGUUUCCCGGAAGAACCGUCACAUUGGAGCCUGCAAAGGGGGAAAAAUGCUGGGGCGCGGCUUACAAAAUAACACACAAGGAAGAUAAACUGACUGCUUUGGAGUAUCUUGAAGUGAGGGAGAAGCAGUAUGACAAGAAGGAAUACGUUGAUUUUUUUACUGAAUCCAAUGAUAUGACACCUCUUGUUUCGAACGUUAUGGUAUACAUAGCAUCUGCAGACAAGACAUUGAACCAGAACUACUUGGGACCUGCCUCACUUGAAGAAAUUGCCAUGCAAAUAGUCAAGGCACAAGGCCCCUCAGGACCAAAUAGAGAAUACAUUUUCAAACUAGAAAAUGCUCUUAUUCAAAUAGGAUGUGAAGACAAGCAUGUCACUGAUUUGGCAAAUGAAGUUAGGCGUAUAAUCUCACAAGGGGAACCGGACAUUGAAUUAUAAAGAUCAUCAUAUUAUGUCGUUAAACUAUUGGUGAAGUUUAUGAAAACCAGAUGAUUCUUCAUUCUUUUGGUAUUGAACAUAAUUAUUUUCUCAAAAAACACAGCUUUUCCUCCCUUUGAGAUGUUAUGAUGGUGUACAUAUCUAACUAGUUCACAUUAUUUGUUUCAAUCUGAAUUUCAAUGAACAAUAACCAACAAUGCACCAACUUCGUUACAUAAUCUCACGUUCGAUGGCAUUCACACUUGUGUACAUUUGACAAUAAACAGAAACUAAAGGUUUUUUUUCAUCUUUUUCUCCCUUGUCCACUUUUCGUGGGUCUUUACAACUUAAACAGCAAACUAGAGUUACAUUCAAAUUUACACACACAAGAAUAGACCCCUUUGUAUCACAAUUUACAAGACCUUCAAUGCAAUCUUGCUUGUGUGAUGGACCCCAUGGGCAGCAACUUUCAGAAUAGCUCGACCUUGGUACAAACUGUAAAACAGAAGGCCCACAAAGUAAAUCGACAUACCAAAGUGAAACAGCAAAAUACUUUUUCAACAGGAAUGGUCUAUUGGCAAAAAACACAUCACCCGACUAACUUGCAUAUAAAAUUUAAUCUCUUUCACAAUAUUUCAAGAAUACGAAUAUGCUCAUAAGGUUAC